AUGUUUAGUGUAAUGAUAUUAUGCUUUUGGACUUUUGUUCGCAAUCAAAAGUUGGGAGAGUACGAAGCAAGAUGCGGAGAACAGAUGGUCACCGAUCAGAAGGUCAGAGGAGGAGGAGGAGGAGGAGGAAGAGAAACGGUUUAGUGAAACUGUACAUUUCAGCACGGACCAAACAUUGGCCGAACAAUUAAUCUUCUCUCGCAAACUUUGAUUUAUAAAGUUUCCGAAACAGUGGAAACGGCGAAACAGGAAUUUGCUAGAGAGGCAUUGAACAGAACCAACGAUGAAUGUAUGCAUCUCAUUUGUGAGCGCCAUGCGCGUUUUGUGAGCCUUUUCAAAAUAUACUGGUUAGUUAAAGGACCUGGGAACUUUCUGUCGGAAUUAUGGCCGUGGCCUAGGAAAAGAGAUCUUUGAGACGUUGUCAAAGGAAGAGUUUUCACACCUGAGUUUUCUAGGCCACAGCCACAGCUUUCACGUUAGUAGGCAUUUGUGAGAAUUGGUAGCCGAGCAGCGAAUAGGAUACGUGUCAGACAUGCACAUAAACUCGGCCCAAGUUCAAAUGACAGUUUUCAGCGACACAAAAAUGAAUAAAUACGAAAGCCUUCUGGAAACUUCGAAGGAAAGCGACGAGGCGUUCGAAGAUGUCAGUUUCCUGCUGAAAUGCCGAAUCAACUUCCUAUUCCCGGCACGUAGGAUCGUUGAAAUUGCGGGGAGCACUCAGGAAAAGCUGCAUGAAUUCAUAGGACUUCCGGCCCAUUCAAAUAAUGAAGAGAGCAGGAACAAAGUGCAGAAUGAACUGGGAAAACUGAUCAGGGAAUGGUUUGAAGAGGACCGGCGCAUCAGAAAAGAGCAUUUCGAUCUUUUGGACUCUCUCGGCGAAAAUUCGAAAACCAAGUUGGUGGAAAUGCUCACGGAGUACAUGUGCAUCAAUCAGAAAUGCUCUCAUUGGUGUUCACUGAUCUAUUCCAACUUGAAUGUACGUAAUUUCAGUAGAUUUGUACGCCAAAAGAACAACAAUUACAGCAUAACGACUUCAAGGCGAGACUUGAUGGUGUUGCAGGAGAUGUGCUGGAUUACUCAAAAGCCGUUGCUCAGUUGGCUGUGAAUAUCCAUGCGUACACAAAAACCAUUUUGUAG